AUGCCUCCCGCUCCUUCGAGCCAGGAUCUUAACCCUCGGCCACACAAGCGACAGCGCAUACAGCCACACUACUCGUCCUCCCCCGACCCCCUCUCAAUGUCCGACCUCUCCAGCUUGCCUUCCAGCUUCAAGUCUACACCCGACUCGCAACCCCAGUCACAACCGAAGAAAGGCCCGAAGCUGAAACCCAUCCCCACGUCCAUCAUGCUCGUUAGCCUCCCGUCAAUCCUGGCGCACCCUCCCAACCACAAGCACUACAUCCACUCGCUGGUCCUCUCUCUCACUGCUUUGCGCAAAUGCUUGUCUCUCCCGUCAAUAUCUCCGCAGAUCGAAGUACGCGCGUGGGCCGGCAUCGCAGAGAUAGGGAUGAGGGUCAUUAGCGGGGGCUUCAGCCAGAGCGAGGAGCAUCCGUGGGCGAAGGACAUUGAAUUCGAGGUCGAGAAGGCUUUAAGCAAAGGGCACCCGUCUCUUCGCGCAUAUAGUCACCAACUCUCUCUUCUCCAAGUGCAGUUGUCCCAGUGGCAGCAGAAGAUCAAGUUUGCACGCAACCAGAUUCGCACCCUCAUCGCGUCCUUCUUGCCCAACGACCCGCCCCACGCCGUAAACGCCCUCCCAACCUCCCCUACCACAACCUCCCAGCGCACCCCCUCUCUCCUCCCAGCCAGCGCGCAAGAUGUCUACGCCGCGCUCGACGCCAUCCAAACCGUCGAAGACCUUGCGACGGCGCAACGGCACAACCAAGUCGCGAUCCUCGCUCGCGUCCUCCGCACCCGCACGCUCGUCGCCGCCGGCCUGUGGGCGGACGUCCGUGACGCCAUCGUGCGCGCCGAGGAAGCUCUCGGGCUCUCGUACGAGCCCGCGACGACCCCCAGGCGGCAACCGCUCCAGCCGUCGCAGUCACAGACCCAGGGGAGCGCGAACGCGAACGGGGGCGAGGGCACGAUGCCCGCCCAGCACCAGCAGCAGACGCCCCCACCGCAGGAGCAGACGUUCAUCACGUUCGAGGACCCGAUGGAGCGGCGAUGGCGGUGCACCUACUCGUGCUUCGGGGAGGCAGCGGAGGCCGCGCCGCGGCUGUCGCACCUGCAUGCGUUGAUGGACUCGGAGGUGCUGGAGAAGUUCCCGGAGGGAUGGGUCGAGCUGCACUUCUCGUCCAGUCCUUCCCUCUUCGUUCAAGUCACGCAUCCCAGAGUUCUCUUUCUCUUGACAUUCCUUGUUAGUAGCGUUUCGAAGAGGGACGCUUGCGGACGCAAGCCGAAGCGGAAACUGUUCGCAGCGGAGGGACUUGCAAGUUGGGAGACGGAGGUGCUGCGCGAUAUUUCUUUCUCCCUUUGGUCCGAUGGUGGAGAUAUGCAGGAAGUAGAGGAGCGUCUCGCAAGGAUAAAAGCUGACCUGCUGUGCGAACUUAUCGCGGUUUCCAUCAUGAGGAGCGAGUUCGACACCGCGGAAGAGACAUUGAACGUGCUCAUAGCGCACGCCCGCACGGCGAACGUCUUCCAUCUGUUCUCGUCGCGCAUCGCGCUGCAUCACGCCCAUCUUGCACACGCCCUCGCACGACCAGCCCGCGCUCUCCGCUGCUACCGGACCGCCGCCCAUCACGCAGAUCCGAAGAGUGACGUCUACAUCACUGCGCGUGCCGCACAGCUCGCUCUGCGCAUCGGGAUGGAACGUCGACGAGCCGCAAUGGGCGAUGGAUGGCUGGACGGCCUCUCGAAGGUCGACGACGAAUGGCCACACGACUACGAGGACGAGGACGGGCUCGAGCGGGAGGGCGCGGAGGUCAUCAAGAUGUGUCGCAAGGGGGGCGGAGCGCUGGAGGCCAUCGCGCAGAUUAUCGAGGCGUGCCUCACCUCAGAGCAUCUCAAAGCGAAGCAACACCUCAAGCGCGCGAUGGAGCUCGCGUCGAAGGCGCAGGACAACCACAUGCGCGCGCUCGUUCUCUCGCUGAUCACGGCGCACUAUCUGAACACGUUCGGGGACCACGCACGGUCGAUGCUUGAGACCUGCGACCAGCUUGCAGCGGGCCUGGGCGCACCCUCGGUCAAGGGCGAGAACAACGGCAAACCUGCGCUCGGGAACGCACCGCUUCGCCUCUGGGUUGGCGAGCGGUUCCUGGAGCUGUACAAGCGCUUCGGCAAGGAGUCUCGUGUGCAGAAGCAGGCGUCGUUCAACGCGCAGCUCGAGAAGGCGGUAUCGGACAUCGCGCUGCGAGUACUGGCGGCGGCGGGAUGA